AUGUCAUUUGCUGCAUCAAAAUUAGGUCUUGUCAAAGGCAAUAUAAAUCCAGCGUACGUAGGACGUAAACUUGAAUAUUGUAUAAACAAAGUAGGUUGUAAAGCUAUUCUUCUACCAUCAUCAGUUAAAAGUAUUGAUUCAUUAUCAAUAUUUCGCCACCUCGUACCUGAACUUGAUCAACAAUCCUCAACAAAAGAAUUAUCAUUAAAACGAUUACCAACAUCAAAACAUAUUAUUCUUACUGGUAAACAACAAUCGUCAAAAUCCUUGCCAAUACAUUCCUAUAGAAACCUAUUGGAACAUGGUGCUAAAAUUUCUCAUAAUAAAUUAAAUGAACGACACGCAUCUGUUAUUCCGGAUUCGUUUGCUGCUAUAUUUUUUGCAUCGGGUACAACAGGACAUGCGAAAGCGGCAACAUUAACAAAUUUCGGUAUGAUUAACAUGUCACAACGUUUAACUGAACAUCUUGGACCACAUUUUACUCGUUUUUGUGUACCUAUUCCAAUGUUUCAUAUUUUCUGUGAAGUCGUUGGUGUACUUAAUGUAGCAACAUCCAAAUGUCAAAUGGUUUUUCCAGCUAUAUUACGAUGGAUGCCACGUUUAGAAGUUAAAGUCGUUGAUCGAGGAGGAACUCCAGUAUCAUAUAUUGGUCAACAAGGUGAAAUUUGGGCACGCGGUUUUCCUAUUAUGCUUGGAAGCUAUGGUGAUACGCAGAAAACAAACGAAGCCAUUACACCAUCGGGUUAG